CUGAUCUGGCCAAAAGCCCAUUAUUGAGCUGAAUGCAGUGUGUGUACCUGGUGCUCUUAACAGGACAUAUUCCAACACAUGCUUCUCGUUUCCUUAUUUCAAAUUUCUCUGCUGUAUCUGAAAUAAUAAUUUUUUGUAUUAAAAAAAAAUGUGACUGUCUUCUGGGAAAAUGGCGGCUCCCGCCCACGCCCCAGAGUCCCCGCUGGCUGCGAAUCUGGCUGGGGCUGCCGAGGAAGCCGAGUUCCCACCGCCUCGCCAGCUGCAGCCCCAGCGCAAUGUCCUCGCUGCCCCGCGGCUUUGAGCCCCAAACUCCCGAGGACUUGGGGCCGCAGAGUUUGGCGGAGCUGCAGGAGAUGUUGAAGCGCCAGGAGAGACUUUUGCGCAACGAAAAAUUCAUUUGCAAAUUGCCCGACAAAGGUAAAAAGGUCUUAGGCUCUGUUGUCAAACUGAAAGCUGCCAUUACAGAAUGUGAAGAAGCUAGAGUAAAAAGUGAACUGUUUCAUCCUGUUAGUGUAGACUGUAAGCUAAGGCAAAAAGCAAUUGCAGUUAUUGAUGUGGACACGGAUAAGGGCCAGAAUUCUGACCAGAUACUUGAUACUUCAUCACUAGUUCCCAGCUGUUCCUCCAUAGAUACCAUCAAGUUAUGUAAAGCAAUUUCACAACAGGGACUUGUACAUCCUAUUCACAAAGGUGAUGAAGAGGCUCCAGACAUUGAGUACACAGUGAACAAGUGUCCAGCUUCCAGCAGCAGAACCAGUGUGCCUUCCUCAUCUGAAGCCAGUGAGCGUCUCCCUCAGCAUUGUGUUUCAAGUCAAGCAGAAGAUAGUUCUAGCAGCUCUGACCACCUGUUUAUUGAUAGGUCACAAAGGAUCACAGUUGCGGACCCAGAUGAGCACCACUCACAAGAAAAUACUGGUACUGAGAAUGAGAUAGGCUUUGGUAGUGGGACACAGAAGAAACCUCAUUACAUGGGAGUGCUAGAAAUUCGAGCCCAAAACCCUGUGCCCCCACCACAUAAAUUUAAAACAAACGCAUUACCUUCACAACAAAAGGAUUCAUUCAGUCACUGGCAGAGAGGAGGGCCCUCCGUUUCCUCAGUAGAAAGACAGCACAGGGACAAGAAGCAUCUUGAUGAUGUCACAGCAGCUCGGCUUAUGCUGCUUCACCGUCUGCCUUCACAGCUCCUCUCCAUAGAAGACUAUUUGGCACUUCAGAAACAGCAGAAACAGAAUUAUGAGGAGAUGCAAGNACAGCACCAUCUCUGCACUCGGAUGAAUCAGUGA